UCUUCAAGUUGGUGUCUUAACGAAUUGCAGUUGAUCAUGGAGUGCAGGUUAGCUUUAGGACAGACUGUUAUGACAAUCUUCUACGAAGUGGAUCCGUCAGAUGUAAGAAAACAGACCGGAGAUUUCGGGAAGGCCUUUGAAGAAACUUGUGAUGGGAAGACAGAGGAAGAAAAACAUAGAUGGAGACAAGCUUUGACUCAAGUUGCGGUUAUUGCCGGAGAACAUUCUGUUUCAUGUUGGAAUAGAAGCUCAUGUAGCAAAGGUGAAAGCGAUGAUGUGCCUAGAGUCCGAUGAGGUGAAGGUUGUGGGGAUAUGGGGACCUGCUGGUAUUGGCAAAACCACUAUCGCUAGGGCCUUAUACAAAGAAGUGUCGUGUAACUUCCAGCUCAAGUAUUAUAAGGAGAAUGUUGAGGGGAAGUAUAAGACGAUCCAAUUUGACAAGCAUUACUUGCAAAACUAUUUGGAAAACGAGAUAAACUCUGGAGUUUUCGAUCACAGAGACAUGAAGAUACCUGACUUACAAGAAGCAAAGUUUAGGCUAAAGCACCAGAGAGUCCUUCUCAUUCUUGAUGAUAUUGGUUGUGAUGAGCUAAAAGCUUUGGGGAAUCUAAUUCAGGGUCUGAGGUUUGGAAGUAAGGUGAUAGUGACGAGUGAAGAUGUAUAUAAACUGAAAACUAAUGGGAUCAAUCAGGUAUACAAAGUUGUUUUCCCAUCAAAGGAAGAGGCGUUGCAAAUCUUCUCGUACUCUGCGUUUGGACAAAAGUGUCCACCAAGAAGUUACGUGGAGAAAGCUGUUGAAGUAACUAAGUUUGUUGCUCCGUUUCCACUUGGUCUCAAAGUCUUAGGUUCGUCUUUUCGUGGGAAGACCAAAGAUGAGUGGAUGGUAAAAGUGCCUAAACUCAGAACCUAUCUUGAGAAUAAUAAGGAUAUAGAGAAAGUGAUUAGAUAUGCGUUCGAUGGUCUAUCUGAUACACAACGAAAUACACUUCAUGGGUUAGUUAGCUCUAUGCGUUGUGGUAAGGACGUGAACAACAACACAUUCACGUUUCUGGAGAGUGUCUGGGACGUGGAUGAAGAUAUGCAAACCCUAGCUGAUAUGGCUCUCAUCUCCAGAUCCGGGCAUGGAGGAAUCAUGGUGCACUAUUUGGUACGUCAUAUGGUAAACAAGACUGGCCCUGGAUCUCGAAUGAGUUAUAUUGAAACUUUUUUUACACAGUAACACCUAUUGGAAAGCUUAAGUCUAUCAAGGUUUUUAGCAUGAUAGAUUUCAUAUAAUGUGUGUAAAGACAAUUGUGUUAGUGUAAUUGCAACUAUUUUAUAAAAUCAAUAAGAUGUUUUUAAUCUCUUGGUAACAACUUAAAUCUUGCUCCUUCCCUUUCACUAACACAAAUCUAUCUUGUUCUCAAAACGUUUAUUAAGAUUCAAUACGAAGAUUUUUUUUGCAUAAUAAAAGUUCCUUAGUAUCAGAUAGCGACAUAAACUCGUACGCAUAACAAUCAAGGUAUAGAGAUAGAAUUAAAAAAAUAGACGAAUAAAACAAACAAUCAAUACACAACACAAGAUUACACGAUAACAAACUCUUGUUUUGAGUAAUCCUCACGCUUCAAAUAAAAAAAAACCACACCAAUAUAGCUGAUUGUUCUUCAAGUUAGAAACUCAAACCCUUCCCGCAUGAGGCCUUUCUCCAGCGACUGUUUCUCCAACUCCGACGUGAAGGGCUCCGGUACACAACAACUGAGUAGCACUUACAAUUAUUGUCAACACUUCAAGAGUUCUCUGUCAAAAAAAAAAAAAAAAAAUCAACAAAGAUGAAACAUAUUAAGCACCCCCGUAGGAGAAUAUUAAGCAAAUCACAUUCGUUUUAA